AAGCGCCGGUACGCUUCCUCCGCGACCUCGCGCUCGCCGUCGGUCUCGCCCGCGCAGUUCUACAUGCCGCUCCCGACCGCGUCUGCCGAAGCCGAGAUGCAUCUGUCGUCCUCGAUCCCGCCGUCGACCGCGCAUCUGCACACUACCAGCCCGCCCUUGCUGCAGCACCAGCGAUCGAUGGACACGUUCCUCAUGAGCAGCGCGCCUUCGUCUACCAGACCUACCAACCGCCGCCAACAACACCAGCAGCGUCUCCAGCGCGCGCGCUCGCAGCCCAGCUUGAUCCGCGCCAGCAGCAGCGCCGCGCACUUACCUUCCUUUGUCAACGCUCCUUUGCCAAUGGACUUUGCCACUCUGAGCCAGCAGCAGUUCAUGAUCCAGCCCACGCACCAGCCUGUCCAGCAAGUCGGUCUUGGCCUCAGCCUUGCCGACGCACCACUCAUUCCAGGACAGGUACCUCAGCACCGCGCAGCAAUGGUCUCUCCGCCGCCCGUCUCCUCGCCUUCUUCGUUGCCUUCGCCGUCCUCUCUUUCAGCGACCAAGAAGAAGCGCAGCGAGUCCGGCAGGGCAAACGCCGCUGCCUCGGGCGCCGGCGGCGUCACUUUCAACAACCUGACGCCGAAGGACCACGUCAAAAUCAUGAGCUCGGUCGCAAAGUCGGGUUCAAACAAGUCCAAGAAACCUACAAACAAGAAGAAAUAAAGACCAGCAUCACUCUUUCAUCCUGGUCUUCCUCUCUCUCUCUCUCUUUUAUCGUCUCUCUUUAGAACUUGGCUUACACACUCUCUAUUUGUACUUUGGUGUUUUCUGUCUUUUCUGCAUUAUUUGUGAGUCUCGUGUUUAUCUGCAUCUCGGUUUUGGAAGUAUAGGGGUUGCGCGGAGGAAGUGAUCGUUAUAUAUAUUUUGCUUGGGAUUUUUACAUUUUGGGUCUAUUUUUUUGUAUACUACUACUACUUUGUAAAUUGCGUGUUUUUGGCUGCUCUUUUUGUUUUAUAUUUACUUUAUACAAGUAUUGGGGAUACAUUAAAAUACACUCGUUUUAUUACAAUAAUUGCUUCUUCCCUCGUAGGCAUUUUGUCGAUAGACCGAUUUUAUGUCCGCGUGCAACAAGUCUAUGACAGACUGUGUAGACAUU